CAGGUCUCGGGCCCUCAGGCGGAGCGGCGGGCGCCGGACCCCCAGGCGGAGCGACAGGUCUCGGGCCCUCAGGCGGAGCGGCGGGAGCCAGACCCCCAGAUGGAGCGACAGGUCUCGGGCCCUCAGGCGGAGCGGCGGGCGCCGGACCCCAGGUGGAGCGACAGGUCUCGGGCCCUCAGGCGGAGCGGCGGGCGCCGGACCCCCAGGUGGAGCGACAGGUCUCGGGCCCUCAGGCGGAGCGGCGGGCGCCGGACCCCCAGGUGGAGCGACAGGUCUCGGGCCCCCAGACGAACGCGGCGGGCACCGAGUCACCAGGCACGACAGUGGGCACCGAGUCGUCUGGCAAGACUGCGGGCACCGAGUCGUCUGGCAAGACUGCGGGCAUCGAGUCAACUGGCGGAACAGCGGGCACCGAGUCGUCUGGCA